ACAAAGAAAAUAUUAAAAAAAGUUUAAAUAUUAUCUUAUUAUAAAAAAUGUGGACAUCUAAUUUUCUUUUAGCAUACAGUUUGCAAAAAUUAAACCGGGAAAAGCGUGAGAGGCAAACAAAUUGGACCGAGUCCGAGAAGCAGUUGCUAUUAACUUUAACGCGCAUGCAUCAGGCGAUAUUGGAAAAUAAAGGUAGUGAUACCAUGACCAUUAAACGAAAAUCACAAGCUUGGGAUGAAAUUGCUAUACGAAUGCAAGCUGCAGGUUUUAAUCGUUCCAAGGAAAGACUUAAACAACAAUUAGGAAGAAUACGUGCAGCAGAGGCUAAAAAAGUUAAAGAUGCAAUCGAAAGAAAUUUAUCAGUGGAAACUGACAAAGGUCCAAUUAUUUCGUUUAAUAAUUUAAUAAUGAAGGAAAAUAUUAACCCCCAUAUGAUGGCACAAAGUAACAUCGAGAUCCAACAACACAUAUCUACUAAAUCCUUAACAUUACCCGGACAGGUACAAUUAACAGAAGACCAUUAUAUAAAAAACAGAAAAUAUACCAUCUUACAUGUAAGUAGUUGUAUAAUUUUAAGUUCCCAGAUGCAGAAUAGUAAUGGAAAUGAUUUAAAACUUAAGGACAAUAUGAAUUUUAUGGUAGAAAAUGUACAAUCUUUGGCUGAAUCCAAUUGUAAUGUUGCUACUGCUCAUAAUGCCAAAAGUUGCACAGCCAAUACUUCCGACGUUACAAGCACAGUUUCAUGUUCAACAAACUCUCCUAAAAUUAACAACCUGAAAGAAAAUCCCAUAAAUGAUGGUGUAGUCAGUGGUAAUGAAGAAAAUGCUACUUCUGCCAGCUCUAACGUUUACGGCCAAUUGUAUAUGUAUCGCAUUGCAGUUGAACGCGAACGUUUACGUAAUUUAAAACUGCAACAGAAACGUGAUCGCAUAUUGUAUCGUAAAGAUGUUGAGAUACAAAAUUUGAAAUUGCAAAUACUGCACAAUCUCACCAAUCAGAAUCGUGAGGCAAAUCGCAUCAAUUUGUAAUUGUAUUUCGUAUAAAAAUUUAAUUAAUCAUAUUGUCUCUGCAACGUAUUAAGUCUUAUUAUUAAAUGUUUUUGAAUGUA